AUGAAAUUUCAAUCGAUAAUUCAUUAUCUCAUAUUGAUCGUUGUCGUUAGGAAUGGAGAUGCUCCGCAACAAAUGACUGGAAAAUUGUCAAAGGAGAAGAACGACCAGAGGCUGGCGACUUGUGGAAAAGAGGUUCUUGCUCGUUCGUCUGCACAAGUACCACAUGAACCGUCAUGGUUGUUGUGGGCGAUGACUAAGAAUCCCCAUAAAGACUCUUCUGAUACCGGAGUCUCACUGGCUACCUUCAUUUCGUGUCGCCACGUUUUAACGUCUUCACAAGUGGUCCUCUAUGAUAAUAAGACACACAUCCCGGUACCCGAUGAGGUUCUCGCCCAGAUAUCGUUAUACUAUGUGGAUUGUCUACGUAAGAAUCCACCAAACUGCGAGCCUCUUCGAUUUCAAUUAAAACAGGCGUAUAUUUUGAAUUACUGUAGAAUAAAUAAAGGCGACUGGGCCUUGGGACAAGCAUUAAUGGUUGUGGAUAUUGGAAUGGACUUCAAGAUGAGUCCGCCGUGUUUGGAGGAUGAAACAACCGAUGUUGUCAAAGGGAACAGAGAGAUGAAUGUAUAUACGCUCAAAGGUGGUGGUGUGAUGUAUAACAAACUUCCGAUCCUUGAUAAGAAAGAGGACCUUAUAGUUUUCGAUCAAUAUAACUCAAUAGGAGAUCGUGGAGGUCCCGUUAUGAAGAGAGUCAAUUCCAAAGAGACAUUGAUUGGGCUCAGCAUGCAAAGCAUAAAUGAAAAGUUUUCAGUCGCGUGGAGAGUCAGUUUCUCGGACUGGGAUUUGUGUGGUGUCGUGGGAGUGUGUAGUAGGGCGGAGCUUGGACCGGAUCCCCCAUUGCCACCAUCUACUCCGACCACGGAGCUCAUACCCAAAGAACAAUUGACGACGCCUCUCAAGACUCCAGAAGCCCCGCCUCCUCCUCCGACAUCUCCUCCAGAGCCAUCUACAGAAGCCCCGCCCACUCGUGCAGCUCCGCCAGCUAGAAGACGGGAAGACGACGAUACGGAUGAUGAGAUGUAUUUAAAGAGAAAGAAGGAGAAGGAAGAGGCGGCGAUGUAUGAAGAUGAGGAUACGGAUAUAUUGAUUAGUAAGGAUGAUUUAAAUGAUUGUGAUGGUCGACGAGGAGGACUGCAGAGUAUAUUUUUGUGUCUUUUUGUGUUUUAUUGGUUUUUGUGUGAAUAA